AUGUCAGAUUCCAACAUAACCGACUUCACCAACCCCUCCACCUUUAUUCUACUUGGUGUUCCUGGCCUGGAGGUGGCCCAUGUCUGGAUCUCCAUCCCCUUCUGUACCAUGUAUGCUUUAGCCGUCUUGGGGAACUUCACCAUCCUGUUCAUUGUGAUGAUGGAGCCGAGCCUCCAUGGGCCCAUGUACUAUUUCCUCUGUAUGUUGGCUGUCACUGACCUUGUCCUGUCCACAUCCAUCCUGCCCAAAACACUGAGCAUCUUCUGGUUCAAUUCCAGGGAAAUCGAUUUCAGUGCCUGCCUCACCCAGAUGUACUUCAUUCACUGCUUCUUACUCAUGGACUCUGGCAUCCUUGUGGCCAUGGCUUUGGAUCGUUAUGUGGCCAUCUGUGACCCCCUGAGACAUUCCACCACCUUGACAAACUCUGUGGUGGCCAACAUUGGCCUGGCCGUGGUGCUGCGCAGCGGCAUGCUUGUUCUGCCCUAUGUCCUCCUGGCGAGGCGGUGGCCAUAUUGCAGAACUAACAUCAUUCCUCACACGCACUGUGAGCACAUGGCUGUAGUGAAGCUGGCCUGCGCCGACACCCGUGUCAGUAGUUACUACGGCCUCUUUGUGAUAUUCUGUGUGAUCAGUCUGGAUGUAUUUUUUAUUGCCAUGUCCUAUAGCCAGAUCCUCAGGGCCAUCUUCAGCCUCCCUACAAGGGAUACCCGACUCAAGACUUUUGGGACUUGUGGCUCCCACCUCUGUGCCAUCUUAGUCUUUUACAUCCCUGGUCUCUUCUCCUCCCUCACGUACCGGUUUGGCCAGAGUGUACCCCUGCAUUUCCACGUUCUCAUGGCCAAUGUCUACCUCCUGGUGCCCCCCAUGCUAAACCCCAUCAUCUACGGGGUGAAGACCAAGCAGAUCCAGGACAGGCUACUCCAGCUGUUUACUCAUAAAGGGACCUAA